UUGCUUCUGUAGAGAUUAUAGCCUUGGAAACCCUACGAGGAAGAUCUAUUCCAUCCUAUAGGGACGCUAUGAGUCAGAAAUGACUCAAUGAUGACAGAAAACAACAGUAUGAAGAAAAAGAUCAGUGGUUGUUCUCUGGUAGUCUUCUGCAUGGGAAACCUGGGUUAAAUUUCUGGCCAAUAUACUUCAUACACUACCACCACUGGGUCGGUCAGUAGUGAAUUCUGUAUUGCUAUGAUGCUGGAUAGGUUUCAGAGGAGGUUCUAGACUAAGGCAGGCUAGGAAAAAACGCCUAGUGCACAACUUCCCCAAAUUAGCCAGUGAAAACCCUGUGGAUCGCAAGGGUCCAAUCCAAAACAGAUCACAGGGAUGGUGUAGGACUGGGCAGUGUUUUGUUUCAUUGUGUUUGUGGUCACUGUGAAUCGAGGCUAACUCAAUGACAGAUAACAACAAAAAAUAUGAGGAAAAAAAAUUCCAUUGCUAUAAUAUAUUAUAACUUGAUUAGAAAAUACUACAUGAAAGCUAAUACCAAACCGUCUGUUUUUUUCCAGAAGAGGUAACUAGACUAAAUGGGCCAACAGAAUCUAACAAUGCCAACUGAAUUCAUUCUAAUGGGAGUCACAAGGAAACCCGAACUUCAGCUACCCCUUUUUGGGGUCUUCCUCAUCAUCUACAUGAUCACAGUGGUGGGCAACCUGGGCAUGAUCAUCUUGACCAAGAUGGACUCCCGCCUACACACGCCUAUGUAUUUUUUCAUCAGACACUUGGCCUUCAUUGAUCUUGGUAAUUCUACUGUCAUUUGUCCCAAGGCAUUGGUAAAUUUUGUUGUGGAUAAAAAUACCAUUUCUUAUUAUGCAUGUGCCACACAGAUGGCUUUCUUCAUUUUGUUCCUUAUCAGUGAACUUUUUAUUCUAUCAGCCAUGGCCUAUGACCGCUAUAUGGCCAUUUGUAACCCUCUGCUCUACAAUGUUAUCAUGUCCCAAAGACUUUGUCAUUUGCUUGUGGGCAUUCCAUAUUUCUACAGUUCUUUCCAGGCUCUGAUGUUCACCAGUAAGACGUUUACUUCCAUCUUCUGUGGCUCUAAUGUCAUCAGUCAUUUCUACUGUGAUGGAGUUCCCGUGUUAUCUAUACUCUGCUCAAAUUCACAAGAAAUAGAAUUGAUGCUCAUAUUUUCAGCAUUUAAUUUGAUAUCUUCCCUGCUGGUUGUCCUGCUGUCUUACCAGCUGAUGCUGAUAGCCAUAUUUCGAAUGCAUUCUGCCAAGAGCCGGAAAAAAGCUUUCUCCACAUGUGCUUCUCAUCUGACAGUGGUAGUUGUGUUUUAUGGAACUCUAUUAUUUAUGUAUGUGCAGCCCAAAUCUUCUCACUCAAAUGAUACCGACACAAUAGCCUCUGUGUUUUACACUUUAGUCAUACCCAUGCUUAACCCUUUGAUAUACAGCUUGAGGAACAAAGAGGUAAAACAUGCCUUCCACAGGGUUUUUAAAAAUCAUUGCCAGCUUUGUAUUUAAUAUUCACCCUUGUUUUAGUAAACAGUGCAAAAGGCAAUGUCACUUAAUAAUAUUUUUAGUAGAUAUAAAUGCAUUCCUUUUGGUUCCAAGGUAAAGGCUAAUUAUAAAUCAGAUACUAUUACAUUG